ACAUUAAAGACGGUACCUUGAUAACGCAGCCACAGCGCUGAAAUCACACUAUCAGAGUCUGUGUCUUGCUGUUGCAGAACUGAUCAGACAAGAGGCGACACCCUCCUGCACCUGCACCCGCACCCGCACCCGCACUCGCACUCUACUAGGGUUCUCUGUUCUCCCAUGGCGCCAGCCUUUCUCCCUCUCUUCUACUUCCUCCUCUUCUUCUUCUUCUUCGCAUUUCAUCUUCCCCUCUGCUUCUCCGGGGAAUCGAGCGCCAUGGAGUCGGUUCCUGAUCUUCAGAACACCAUGUACAAGGUCAUCGAUGGAGACCCUUGCGUCCGCCUUCUUAAUCUUUCUGGACCAAUUGGUUGUGCAAAUCCUGGGCGAGAUAAGGUUUUGGCUCCAAUAAUAGGAUUCGAAAAUGUUGAUGGGAUGUCAGAGUCUUCUGCUAUAUUGGUCUCAUUUGAAGAUUUUCCAAGUCUCUUUAACAGAAUAUCAGAUGACUUAAGCUUUGCAAGUAAAGUUGCUGGUGUACUGGUCAAAUCAAGAACUGAUGUGCAGAACAACUUAAAGGGAUUCUCUCCGGAUCAAAAAUUUCCACAAGCUCAAUUUGCUCCUUACCAUAAUUUCAGCUAUGAAUGGAACCCUAUUGGCUCUGGUAUUAUGUGGAAGUACUACAAUUUUCCUGUUUUCUUACUCACAGAAAGUGCCACAGCGACUAUUGAAGAGUUUGUAAUAAGGAAUGAGAACAAAAAAAGAGCUUAUACAUCUAAUGUGGCUGAGUUUGAUCUGGUGAUGCAGACGACAAAAUCUGGAACACAUGAUUCGAAGUCUUGUUUAAAAGAAGCAACUUGCCUUCCUUUAGGUGGAUACAGUGUCUGGUCAUCUCUUCCUCCAAUCAAUGUUUCAUCCUCAAAACAGUCGAAGCCCAUUAUACUGGCAGUAGCUUCUAUGGAUUCUGCUUCAUUUUUUCGGGACAAAAGCCUUGGUGCAGACUCUCCUAUUUCUGGUUUAAUUGCAUUGCUGGCAGCAGUUGAUGCACUUUCUCAUGUGCAUGGUCUUGGUGACCUUAGUAAACAGCUUGUUUUUGCAGUUUUCACUGGAGAAGCAUGGGGUUACCUUGGAAGUAGGAGAUUUUUGGUAGAACUUGAGAUAAACUCAGAUGCUGUUCAUGGCCUUAAUCACUCAUCAAUUGAAACGGUCGUUGAACUUGGCUCUGUUGGGAAGGGUUACAAUGAAGGUGUUAAAAACUUUUUUGCUCAUAAAGAAGGGGGUUCUGCUGCCACUGAUAUGACAAUGACUGCCUUGAAACGUGCACAAGAGUCGCUGCUAUCUGAAAACGGUGCUACAGGGCACACUAACAAUAACAUGCUUAAAUUGAAUGGUUAUGAAAACCUGCAACUUUUAAGAUUAAAUUAUCUUCUUUUCUUCUUUUUUUCUCCCCAGAAUUCAGCAAUCUCUGGUGUUGUCUUAGAAGAUUUUGACUCUGUCUUCGUCAACAAGUUCUACCAUAGUCAUCUUGAUGAUUUAUCGAACGUGAACUCGUCAGCUGUGGUUGCUGCUGCUUCUCUUGUUGCCCGGACCCUUUACAUACUUGCUAGUGAUUCUAAAGAUCUAGAAGAUUCAGUUUUGGCUUCUAUAAAUGUAAAUGUCUCACUUGUCAAACAACUUAUGGGUUGCUUAUUGGCCUGUGAUCCUGGUCUUUCUUGUGAAUUGGUGAAUAAAUAUAUUUCACCCACAUCAACUUGUCCAAGCCAUUAUGUUGGCGUUAUCGUAGAUGAACCUUCAUCUACACCUUAUCCAGGAUACAUUAAUGAUGUUCCCAGGUUCGUCUGGAAUUUUCUAGCUGACAUAACGUCAAUCCCCAGGGAGCAUAUUAAUAGCUUAGGUUGUCAACAAGGCUGCAGUAGAGAUGAGGUUUGCAUUAAAGCAGAGACAGAUGGCAAGGGAGUUUGUAUUCUCUCUACAACUAGGUACGUUCCAGCGUAUUCAACACGGUUAAAAUAUGAAUCGGGUGUUUGGAAUGUUUUGCCCUCAAAUUCCUCUGACAUCAUGGGGAUUGUGGAUCCUGUCUGGACAGAAAGCAACUGGAAUUCGAUAGGUAUGCGGGUCUACACUGUCCAAAAUGCUGCUUACGACCGCAUUGUUCUGUUUGGGGGUAUUGCUCUGACAAUCCUGUCAUACCUUGGGGUAGCAUUCUCAAGAGCUUUAAUCACCAAAGCUAUGAAGAGGGACUGACAUUUUCUUUAAGGAAACUGAAGUAAAUUUUGUGAAACUAGGGCAUAAGUGAGUAGGGUCAUUUUGAUUGACAAAUUACAAGUGUCUAAAGAAAUUCCAAGGAUGUGCAUUAUUUGGGCCGCAUCCUGGUGCUUGUGAUUUGUGAAUGAUAUUUUGGAAGUUUCUCUAUAGCUACUCACUGUUAUUGAAUUGCCUUGUAGGUAACUGUAAGCAAUUGUGAGUAAAUUAAUGAAAAUAGAGCUUCCUGUAUUGUGUAUUUA